AUGGCGUCCGAUAGCGAAGUGAGUUUCAUGGAAGAGGAGGAGGAGGAGCACUUCUCCGAGUUGGAGGCUUCCGACGAGGACGACUUUAUGGAAGAGGAAAAUGUGUCGUCUGGGCGUGGAAACAAAGCAAAAGGAAAGGCCAAGGCUCCAGCUGCCAAGAAGAAAGCACCGGCGGCCAAGGGAAAGGCUGUCGCUCUUGCCGACAAGAGCAACACGAUCGACAAUGACAGCGACGACGAUCUCGACGAUGACGACGAAAACCAUCCUGCCAGUAAGCGACCGGCAAACAAACGAACGAUCGAAGAAACCUAUCAGAAGUUGGAUCAACGUGAACACAUCUUGGUUCGUCCCGAUACCUACGUUGGAAGCGUUGAACUCAAAGAAGAUUUGAUGUUCAUUCUGGACAGCGACAGCGACCAAAUCGUCGAGAAGAAGAUCACGUACAAUCCUGGUCUCUACAAGAUCUUUGACGAGAUUGUGGUCAAUGCCGCGGAUAACAAACAGCGCGACCCCGAAAUGUCCGUUCUCGAAAUUGAAAUUGACGCUGAGGCCAACACGGUCUCUGUCAAGAACAAUGGAAAAGGCAUUCCGGUAGAGAUUCACAAGGACGAAGAUAUGUACGUUCCUACCAUGAUUUUCGGCAAUUUCUUGACGGGAAGCAACUUUGACGACGAAAACGAGAAGCGCACGACCGGAGGACGAAAUGGAUUUGGAGCCAAGUUGACCAAUGUCUUCUCCACGGAAUUCACUGUCGAAUGCAUGGACACGGAACGCGGCCGCAAAUUCAAGCAAGUCUUUCGAAACAACAUGCUAGAAAUAGGCAAGCCCAUUGUCAAGAACUGCACUGCCGCCGAGAAGAAGAAGGGCGACUACGUCAAGAUCACAUUCAAACCCGACUUGGGACGCUUUCAGAUGCAGAAGCUUGAUGAAGACACUGUCGGUCUCUUUUCCAAACGCGCCUACGAUAUUGCAGCUUGCAUGGUCAAUCGGCAUGGCAAGAAGCUCAACGUGAUUUUGAAUGGAAAGACGCUGCCCAUCAAGAAAUUCCAGGACUACAGUCGGCUCUUUCGGGAUCUCAAUCAGCUGGUAGCCUACGAAACGAUUGGAGACUGGGAAGUUGGAGUGGGAUUGUCUACGGAUGACACACCAAAAAUGCAGCAUGUUUCGUUUGUGAACGCAAUAUCCACACCGAUUGGAGGCGAGCACGUUGAUUUCAUCCUCAACCAAGCCGCCAAGUUCCUUCAAACGAGGGUGGAGAAGCAACACAAGGGAUGCAAAAUCACACCGGCCCGUGUCAAGGAUCAUCUAUGCGUCUUCAUCAACUGUCUCAUUGCCAACCCAACAUUCGACUCCCAGUCCAAGGAAAAGAUGACCUUGAAGCCAGCCAAAUGGGAGAAGAAGUCGAAAGUCAAACUCACGGACGCAUUCCUCAAGAAGCUCGCCGCGAAAAGUGGUGGAAUUAUUGAUGCUAUUCUAGAAACCUUGCUGUCCAGGCAGGACAAGGCUCUCAAGAGAAAGGGUGGAGUCAAACGAGUCAGACUGAAUGGGAUCUCAAAGCUUGACGACGCCAAUCUUGCGGGAACCGCGAAGAGUUUGGAAUGUACUUUGAUUGUCACCGAGGGAGAUAGUGCAAAGUCAUUGGCCAUGUCGGGAUUGUCGGUGGUAGGCCGGGACAGAUACGGGGUCUUUCCUCUUCGUGGAAAGCCUCUCAAUGUACGAGAUGCAAGCAAGGAUCAGAUAAUGAAGAACGAGGAGAUCAAAAACCUCGUCGAAAUCGUGGGGCUCAAGUUCGGAAACACCUACGAUGAAACUAGUAUCAAGCAGCUGAGAUAUGGUCGUUUGAUGAUCAUGGCCGAUCAAGAUCACGACGGGAGUCACAUCAAAGGUCUCGUGGUCAAUUUCAUUCAUCAUUUCUGGCCAAGCUUGCUCGAUCUCAACUUUCUUGAGCAAUUCAUCACGCCUAUCGUCAAGGCAACGAAGGGACGACAAUCCAAGACCUUCUUUACGCUGCCAGAAGUCAAGAACUGGAUGGAGACUGAUGAGGCAAAGGGCUUCACUAUCAAGUAUUAUAAGGGUCUUGGAACAUCGACUUCGGAGGAAGCGAAGGAGUACUUUGCACAUUUGGAGACACAUGAAGUCAAGUUCCAGAAGCUCUCAACGGAUGUCAUAGAGCCCAUCGUGAAACAAGAAGAGGAGUCGUCUGAUGUGGAGGAACUUGACGAGGACGCUAUCGUUCCCGACAAGCCUGUUAGUUCUUCAGGCGGGGACUUGAUUGAUUUGGUCUUUGCCAAGAAACGUGUCGAAGACCGCAAGAAUUGGCUGCUCAGCAAUUUGAAGAAAGAGGAUGAGCUGUUCCUGGAUUAUGGAAGUGUCCCCAAGGAAGGACUCAAGUACAGGGAGUUUAUUCUCUUCUCUCAAUCGGACAACAUGCGCUCGAUCCCUCAUUUUGUGGACGGCUUCAAGCCUUCUCAGCGCAAAGUUCUCUUUGCUUGUUUCAAAAGGAACCUCAAGAAGGAAAUGAAGGUGGCCCAGCUUGCCGGGUAUAUUGGAGAGAAGUCUGCCUACCAUCACGGGGAGGCGUCGCUGAUGGGGACCAUCAUUGGCCUUGCACAAGACUACGUCGGAAGCAACAACGUGAACCUACUGUCCCCGAAUGGCCAGUUCGGUACACGACGAAUGGGCGGAAAGGAUGCCGCCAGCGCUCGUUACAUCUUCACAAAGCUUGAACCUAUCACGCGCACCAUCUUUCAUCCGGAUGACGAAGAUUUGCUGAACUAUCUCCAGGACGAUGGGAUGUCCAUUGAGCCAGAGUUUUAUGUACCAGUCAUUCCCAUGGUGCUUGUCAAUGGGUCGGACGGAAUCGGAACUGGUUGGUCUUCUCAGGUUCCAAAUCACUGCGUGCGAAAGAUCAUUUCAAACCUUCGAGAGAUGAUCAACGGCCAAGAGCCUCCACUGCUUGAACCCGACUACUAUGGCUUUACAGGAAGCAUCAUCAAAUCAUCGGCGAAGAGUGGCAGCUACACAGUGGAAGGAGCCAUCGAGCGUACGGGCGAAGAAACGCUCCGCAUUACAGAGCUCCCUAUCCGCACAUGGACCCAAAACUACAAGGAGUUCUUGGAGAAGAUGUUGGUAGGAGAAAAGGGCGACAAAAAGAAGAAGGAGAAGGAACCGGAGAUCACCGAUUUCUCCGAGAAUCACACGGACACGACAGUGGCCUUCACGGUCACAGCCGACAAGGCCAAGAUUGAUGAAUUCGUGAACGGCAAAGGUGGACUCGUUGGCAAGUUCAAGCUAGAAAGCAAACUGAGCACUACCAACAUGAACCUAUUUGAUACUACCGGCACUAUCACGAAGUUCAACUCGGCAGAAGCCAUUAUGCGAUCCUUCUACGACCUCCGCCUAGAUUAUUACCACAAGCGAAAGGCGCUCUUGGUUGAGAAGCUCAAGCGCGACAAGCUCAUGUUGUCGAACAAGGCUCGAUUUGUCGAGGAGGUCUGCCGUGGUGAGCUUGUGGUCAGCAGUCGCAAGCGCAAAGAACUGUUGGGUGAAUUGAAGGACAGUGGCUACGACUUGUUCCCAAAAGAUCCCAAAAAUAGCGCUGCUGGCAACGAUGGCGAGGAGCCAGAAGAAGACGAAACCGAUGAUUCGAACAUUGCCACACUCGCCAAGGGCUACGAGUACUUGCUCGGAAUGAAGAUUUGGUCGUUGACGUUCGAAAAGGCCGAGAAACUCCGGGAGGAACUGGCCGAGAAGACCAAGGAAUUGGAGGAUCUCGAAGCUACGGAACCCACCCAGAUUUGGCUCAAUGAUUUGGAGGCCAUCGAGAAGGCUCUUGAUGACCGCGACAAACGAGUAGAGGCUUCCAAGGAACGAGAGCAAGAGGCUCGCGACGCGGCAAUGAAGAAAAAAGGCGGCGGACGAAAGCCUGCUCCUCGCAAGCGAGCAACCAAGAAGGCACCCGCCAAGAAGAAGUCCAACGAAUGGGACAGUGAUAUGGAUGAUGCUUCUGAUGUGGAGGUGGUGGCCAAGAAACCCGCGGCCAAGAAGGCACCCGCUAAGAAGGCACCGGCUAAGAAGCCCGCCGCUGUUGCAAAGCCCCCUUCCUCUCCUACCCAAGAUGCCCUUGCGGAGGAGUUCAGCAAGAACGUGUCAGUGACUCCCGUUGCGAAGAAAGCUGAAAAGAAGCGCAAGGACUCGCCCUCCUUGUCAGAUAGCGACCAUGAGUCGGUUGCAUCCGCCUCCAAAAAGGCCAAGACAGCAAAGGGCAAGGCCGCCGCCAAGAAGGAGGAGCCCAUUGAGCUCGACGACUCUGACUCGGAGGAUGAGUCUCCAAUGAAACCCGCAGCAAAGGGCAAAGGCAAGGCCAAAGCCGCUCCAAAGGGCAAGGGAAAGGCUGCUCCAAAGGCCAAGGCUGCUCCAAAGGCCAAGGCCGCUCCAAAGGCCAAGGCCGCUCCAAAGAAGAGAUCCGUUCUUGAAGAUAGUGCUGACGAGGAGAGCAGCAGUGAUGAGGACAUUGCCACACCUCCUCCACGUGCUCGCAGUGGCAGAGCCCGUGCAAAGCCUAUUGUGUACAAGCUCGAAUCCGACAGUGAAUCUGAUGGUGAUGAGUUUGAUGAGGAGGACUAAGCAAGAGAUGGGGAAGUACUGGAAUAAGAACAUGGAGAAGGCCUUGAUUUGAUUACCCAGAACAAAAGCAAAAUAAUAGACACGCAGCCUUCAGUGGCGCGACAUCCCAGUAAAACGAACAACUUGUGAACUCUCUUUGAUAGAUAACUACAAUCAUAUAAAGGAGAUACAAUCUAUUGCG